CUCAGAUAAAAGUUUAAAAACGUCCUGUAAUUUUAUUGGUUGGUCAGCAUCCGAGAAUCACCAGACUCUAGAUCACGCGCGGUACAGGUGUUUGGAAUUCACAGUUGGAUGGACAUUGCAUUGCUCUCAAAGGAGCGUAGGUUGGAUGUCAUUAGUGCCAAUACCUGUCACGUCAAGGAUAUAGUAGAGAGUACACUUUCUAACUUUGUCCACUUUCCAAAACCCGGCUUACGGCAUUGAAGUUCCAGGGCUGACGCAAAUGGUUCCGAACUUUUAGGCGGCCGCCGAGAAGUCACGGGACUGCAUGUACAGGUAUGAAGACGGUCGAAUUUAUCCGUGCUAUGCAGGUAUAUAUAAGCUAUAUGGUGAGUUUUCAUCCAUUAUCCACAACACUAAAGAAAAGAUGUCUCCUUCAAAUAACGCUGCAUGGCUAGAAGAAAAAUUGGCCAAACCCUUGACUGUCAAGCCUGCCCCUUAUACUCCUCCAGGUGCCAAUGAGAUCGUUGUCAAGAACCACGCCGUAGCCAUCAACCCUGUGGAUGCUUUUAUUCAAACCAGAGGUGAUGUAGUCUUUGACUGGAUCAAGUACCCUACGGUUAUUGGUGUUGAUUUGGCUGGUGAGGUUGUCGAAGUUGGUAGUGAAACAGCAUCGCGCUUCAAGAUUGGUGACAGAGUCACUGGCGCGGGUUUGGGCACCAUACCAGAACGCAACACCCCUGUGGAAGGAGCUUUCCAAAACUACACGGUUGUCCUUGCUGACUUGGCCACCAAAAUCCCGGAAUCCUUAAGUUACGCGCAGGCAUCUGUACUUCCAUUGUGUUUGGCUACUGCUGCCACUGGUCUUUUCGUCGAGGAAUAUCUUGGCUUGCAACUUCCAACAGAGCCUGCUCAACCAUCCACUGGAAAGGCUCUUGUCAUAUGGGGAGGCUCCACAAGCGUUGGAAGCAAUGCCAUUCAAUUGGCUGUCGCUGCAGGUUACGAAGUGUUCACAACUGCUUCACCUAAAAAUUUCAAUUACGUGAAGAGUCUCGGUGCCAGCCAAGCCUUCGACUACAAUGAUGAAAAUGUGGUUCAGAAAAUGAUCGACGUUUUGAAGGACAAGGAACUCGCUGGUGCUAUGGCCAUUGGAAUGAACUCUCUCCAUCCUUGUGCCACUAUCCUGAGCAAGACUAAAGGAGCAAAAUUCGUUGCCGACGUUAUGGCCCCAUCUGUAACGACCCCUAUUCCAGAAGAAUUAGGUGUAACUAGCAAAUUUGUAUUCGGCUCUAAUCUGAAAAACGAUGGCGUUGGUAAAGCUGUAUUCCAUACCUUCCUCGAAAAGGGUUUGGAAUCUGGAAAGUUCAUUGCUGCCCCAGAGGCUGAAAUCGUUGGUCAUGGUCUCGAGAGUAUUCAGCUCGGAUUCGAUACUUUGUUGAAGGGCGUAUCAGCAAAGAAGAUCGUAAUUACUUUAUAGUAGUUAACCCAUGAGCCACGACUGACUGUUUCUAUUCCCUUGUGUUAAAUCUUUAUAUCUUGAUGCUGUAGGAAAUUCAUGUUGUAACAAAAAUGAAAUAAAGAAAUAGGUAUAUUUUUGAAAAAAA